UAUAGAAACAUAGGUCUUACAUGUGUACAAAUACGGUAUGCUAUAUAUGAAAAACUAUUGUUUAAUUAAUUAAUUAUUUUUAAUUAAUAGUUAAAUAAUUAAAUAAUGUUACUUCACCUUGCAGGGACACAAUGACAAUUGUAAUCGCAGGUUAUAACGUCUAAACGCGAAAUGCAGGCGUCUUUUUUUUUUUUUUUUUUUUGAUUCUACGACAUCAAGACCCUGAUAUGCCUUUAUUGUUCUUUUCUUCUUUAGCGGAUAAAUAAUUGCAGCUCACUGAAACCCCACAAUGACCUUUGAUCCGCACCAAGGGAUGCCGGAGAGCAUGUUGAGAUACCGGCUAAAACUGUUGCAAAACAAUGGAUACCACCUCUACUACCCUUAUGGCCGGAAGCUCCCCACACCGUCGGAAUACUUAACCGGAACGCUAAGGGAGCCCUUGUACGAUGGAUGGACGUUCAGGGUGUUUUUCUGCGCCCAUGCACUGUCGCACGAGACGGAACUUAAAAUAACAUGGGAGAGCGCAGACUCAUCUAGUUGGUUUAUCAGAAUAUGGGUAAACACGAAAGGCGAAGUAGCCACCAGCGGCCACGACACUACCGGCAACUUCAGUGCUCCGAUGGGGGUGCAGCCCGUUCAGAAUGGGGACUACUACACUCUGGCCAUUCGGUACGAGGGGAGCUCCUUAUUUAGGGUGCUUUUCAAUGCGGACCAAGGAAGCGGACAGGCUGACAAGAAGCGUGACAUGCAAGAUAUACAAACGGCGGACAAAUGGCACUUCAAGAUAAGCCCUGGGUCCCAUUACCUUUUAGCCGUUGAUAUUAGCGAUGAAUUGGGGAAGUUCCCGCAAGACGGCCUGAAACAAGAAUACUAUCACAAUGCCUUUCCAAUGGACAUUGGAUCUUUCGGCAUCUUUGAACUGACGUACACAGGGAACGACGAAGUGCUGCUGGUAGACGUGAGCGAGCCGGGCGCUGCCGCGAGGAACAUCACGUUUAGGAGAACCAACAUGAGAAUGGGCGAAACUUUCUUGGCGUACAUCCGAUGUGCGCCCACCGGGUGGGUGUUGCAGAUGAGUUUCCAGGAUCAGGCGGUGCUCGCCUUACGCCCAAAAAACGACAGAAGCCUCUCGCCAAAGUUCUCCGCUGCCAACAUAAUGCGAAUGUACCUGGAGCCUGGCCCGUUAUCAUAAUUCAGCAUAAUCGAACGUAUAUACAGAUUCUAAUAAACGUUCCUGCUCGA